AUGGCCCCAGCUAGGUCUUCAAUUGGCUACCCUUGGAUUCUUGACGCAAUUACAAAAUAUAAAGGAGAAAGUUUCAUGCUUAAACCAGCACCUGCCCAGGUAGUUGAGUUUCUAAAAAUGCCAGAACGGACAGAAGAGUGUCAGUAUCCAGGAGCUGUUGUACAUAUUUCGGAUCGGCAGUACUAUAUCAGAGCUAUCAUCACAAGGGAGGCUCAGGAAACUCUAGAACGAGAGGAUGAGCAUUUCACGUUAGCCCAUAUCAAGAACAAGAUUGUUAUCCUGAAAAAAUUCACACUCUCCUUUGCUGCCGAAGAAGAUCCGAGAUGUUGUGAAUUUUAUCUGACCAUUGAACAAUUUUGUAUACUGGCCAUGGAGAUAAACACAGUGGACUUGCUGAACUGUAAUGUGGAGCCAGGAGUACAGAAAAAGAUCAAGGAACUUUGGCAGAUGUAUAUGACAGAGCUUCAAGAGAAGGAGUCUAUGUCCGAUAUGAACUCAUCAGAUAUUUCGCUUACUCAGUUACUUAUGAUUGCAAGUGAAGAGAAGCUCAGUGAGUUGAAAUCCCUGGCUGAGCAAUGUCUGCACCUUGACUCAUUUUCCACCCAAGUUAUUGCACCACAAGCUAGAACGAUAUGGAGUACAGAAAUGAGAAACAAUAAGGGCAAUGACAACAGUUUUUCAAUUCCUAUAAAUUUGCUCCUUAUACCUCCAGAAGAAGAAGCAGCUCUACAGCAGAUGUCAGAGUACAGACCUGAUGGCAAUUCUAACAGUGAUGCUGUUAAUUCUUCUGAAGGAUUGGAUUCUGAAGGAUCUGAUUCCUCCCAACAAUAUAACAGUGCAGUAUCAACACUCUCCCAGGAGCCUAUGGAUCAUGGUUGUAAUGGUCAGCCAGGAAAUCCCUGGAACAACUUGCCAUCCAUUUGUGCCAGUGAAUCUAUAAGUUCUCCUGCCUCUGACCCUUCUAUCGCUCAGCAGAGCAGUGAGAAAGACCCAGCUACUGAUUCAGACAGCACACCAGAUAUACUUCACUACCCUCAAGAUAGGUCUAUGCAUCACUCCCCUGAAAGCCAGGAUGAGAUCCCUCCACUGAAGCUUUCUAAACUACCAUCCGAACAGGCAGAGCCUGAUGCAAAAACCUCUUCAAGCACAAAUCAGAUGGGAGCUCCACAAUCUAAUUCUGUUCUUCCCUCUAGUCAGGGGACACUUUCAGACUGUAGCCCAAGCUUGCUUAGAUUGAUCCCUCUUGUCCAUGAUUCCUCAAGUCAGAUACACACUUCUCCACAAAGAAAAGUAGCCUUGGAAAGUAAACUUCCAAUAAGUCCCAUUUUAUCUCAUUCAGAGAGCAAACAUGAUUCCAAAAUUAUUAGAGCAAUUUUCCCAGAAAACAUUAAGAGGAACAAGGAAACCUGUCAUAGCCCCAGACAGUGGAAGGCAGUGAAGAGGAAGCAAGCUCCAGAAGAUCUAGAUACCAUACUCUCUGCCCAAGCUCAACGGGCACUUGUACAUACAGAAAGACUAGAUUGUGCAGCUGCUGUGAUUUGUUCUCAGUCUACUGCAAACAAUGGAAGCCAGACUGAGACUGACAGCAAUGCUGAAGAAAGAAGCAAAGCAGUUAAUGGCUCCUAUAUGGAUCAAAAGCAAACAAGCAGAGAACAGUUAAAUAAAACAGCUAGCACUGAAACUGCAGUAGCAUCUGGAACAGCUCCACUCAAAAACAAAACACUACCUAAUAAAUCCUGUCUAGAAUUUGUGACUAAACCAAAAAAGAAGGUUGCAGAAUACUCUGAGAAUGAAUUGCCAGCAGCAGAGUUGUCAACAAAAAGCAGAACUGGCCAUAAAGAUCCUUGCAGUGUAUCUCAAGGACAGACCUCUACCUUGCAAUUACCUGUUUUAGAAAUGAAGAAGACUAAAAUGACACGCUAUGACGUCAGGUCUUUCCAGUAUAAGUACAAGAAUCCAUCAGCUGGCCUCUGUACUCGUGUGAACGCAGUGCGGAUCCCUGCAGACCUGCAUGAGUGGGCAGUUAAAGUUCUCUCUGAAGCCAGAGACACAGAUCCAUAG